AUGGGCGACGUCGCCGGCGCUGGCGUGUUCGCCGAAUGCGCGGUUGCUUUUGUGCCCAGCAGCACGCUGGCACCCAAACUCAUUAGCGACCUGUCGGGCAUCCUCCAGGACAAUGGCGCCACCAUCCGCGAGCCUCGACGCGACGGCUCGAUCCCCAUCGAGCGGGUCACGCACAUCGUCUCCAACACAAUAGACUUCCCGCAGUACGUCGAGUCGCAGGCGGUCAUGAUCCCCGUCGUCACGAUGCAGUGGAUCACGCAGUCGGUCGCGCGGCGGCGGCUCGCCCAGGUUCGGCCGUACUCGCCCGACCCGCGAAUGAUCUUCGCCGAGGUGGUGGUGACGUGCGCGGGGCUCCCCAUCAUGGACAAGGAGAGCAUCCUGGGCGCCGUCAUGGCGCUCGGCGGGCAGGAGUCCAAGGACCCGAGCCGAUUGACGACGCACAUCUGCGCGCUGGACAUGGACGACCCAAAGGUCCAGGCCGCGACGGGGAGGGGUUUCAAAGGCAAGGUGGUUUUGCCUCAUUGGUUUGACGCGUGCUUUAAGCUGGGCAAGCGCAUCGACGAAGCUCCAUACCUCCUACCGGACCCGGAGAUCCUUAAGAUGGGUCCCGAGGACGAGCUUCAUAUUCCUGUGAACAACGCCCUCGAUGGUGCCACCUCGAUCAACCCCCGGUGGACGCCUCCGCCCGAUAAGGAAGAAGGCCACCGCGCGCCCUGUACCGUGUUUCAGGACCGCAAGGUCCUCCUAGCCAAGGACCUGGGCAUCAACAGCCGCCUAACCAAGACUCUCAGAGAGAUCAUCGACAACGGCGGCGGCAAGGUCGUUCAAGAGGUGGACGACUGCGACAUGUUCAUCUGCCAGUACCGUCACGGCGCUCAGUACGUUCAGGCCUCUCAGUCCUGCAAGGAGGUCGGCAGCUUGUCUUGGCUCUUCUACCUGAUUGUGCACAACGAGUGGCGCAACCCGCUGCACCGGCUGCUGCACUAUCCGAUUCCCAAGGACGGCAUCGAAGGGUUCAAGGGCUUGCGCAUCACCGUGUCCAACUACGGCGGCGAGGCGCGCAUCUACCUGGAGAAUCUCAUCCGAGCCUGCGGCGCCGAGUUCACCAAGACGAUGAAGCAGGACAACACCCAUCUCAUCACAGCACGGAAUUCGAGUGAGAAGUGCAAGGCGGCUCCCGAAUGGGGCGUCGCCGUCGUCAACCAUCUCUGGAUCGAGGAGAGCUACGCCAGGUGCGAGAUGCGCAACAUCAACAUUCCCAAGUACAAUCACUUCCCGCACCGCACGAAUCUGGGCGAGAUUAUCGGUCAGACCUUUUUCGAGGAGUCGAGGCUGCGGGACAUGUACUACCCCGGCGGCGAAGAGUCCAUGUCGCCGCGGGCCAAGAGGAAGCGCAAGAUCCUCGAGGCCGCCGAAGACAAUGCCUACCACAAGGGCCCCGCAGAGGGCGUCGUCGUCGGCCAACACGACCCGGAGCGCGACUUUGACGUUAUGCGGGACGACGACGACGACGACGACGACGAGAACAAGAAGGAGAAGCUCAGCAGCUCCGUCAAGACCCCGGCCAGAUCGCGACACCUGACGGCCGGGAAGGAGAACGACAGCCCCAGCGUCUCCGGAAGCCGCAGCGCCAAGGCCAAGGCUCGGGACUUGCUGCAGCACAUCGCGCCGGAUAUUGCUCUGUAUGAGAAGGAGAAGAAGCGACACAGCAAGUCGGGCGCGCCAUGGGGUGGCAAGCGGGCUGCUGACCAGGCCGAGAAGGAGAAGUCAAGCAAGACGGCGAGGAACGACGAGGGCGACGAGGAAGAGGCCAAGAGACCGGCCAAGAAGUCUCGACCAUCUCUACCCGAGGUCGAGAUGCGCAUCGUCGUGACCGGUUUCAAGCGGUGGGUGGGCGACAGGAGCAAGGAGGAUCACGACCGGAGGAAACUCCGCGACCUCGGUAUCCAGAUCGCGCAAGAGGGACAGCCAUGCGACUUUGUCGCGGCGCCGUGCGUCAUGCGAACCGUCAAGUUUCUGUGCGCCUUGUCGCGAGGCGCGCGAGUGCUGUCCACCGACUUUAUUGAGGCUGCGAUUGAGUCGGGCGAGAUGCCGUCUCCGGACGACUUCCUCCUGAAGGAUCCCGCGGCAGAGAAGAAGUACGACAUUAAGCUUGAGAGGUCGUCCUCGCGGGCCAAGUCGAACAAGGGCAGGCUGCUUCAAGGCAUCCCCAUCUACUGCACUGAGAAGAUCCGCAACGGGCCCGACUGCUACCGCUCCAUCGCCGAGGGCAACGGAGCCAUUUUCAAGAUUUACCGAGCGCGGAGCGGCACGACCAUCAAGCCCACGACUGCGGAAGAGGACGGCGGUGCCCCGCCUGAACCCGUUUACCUCCUCAGCAACAACACGCCCGAGGACAAGCAAGUCUGGUCCAGGUUCAAGGAGAUGGCGGAGAGCGGUCACAUGGAGCCCCGGAUUGUGGCCCCCGACUGGCUCCUGGACGUGGCCAUGGCGCAACAGGUGCGGUUCGACAAGAAGUACCUGGUGGAGAGGUUCCAUGCCAGGUAG